AUGCACGAUGAUUUGGAUCCAUUAAAACAAAAACUUAAUAUUGAUAUCACUAAAUUUUUUACACUUUUAUUUGAAUAUAAAAAAUCUUCAAGUGAUAUUAACCAUAUUUGCCAAGGGUAUUUAAACUUAUCCAAUAUAUUCCAAAUACAACUCAAUGAUCAUGAGAUUACACCAGAUGAUAUGCUGCGCAUUGAUGACAACACAAAUGGAGCAACAUUCUCAAUGGUCUAUCAAAAUUUUCAGAAGCAUUAUUAUGAACGUUAUUCAACAAAUAUGAAUAAAUUAGUUUCAUACUUUGGUAAAUCAUUUGAACUCAUACAAUUUCUUGAUUUAGUGUCCGCAUCUGAUAUUGAUAAUUUACGUGAAGCUGUCAAUGAUUCUGAUGACACAUUGAUGAAUACAAAAGCAACGCUCGAUUUAGUCAUGUUAAAGACAUUUUUAGAGAAGAUCCGUUUUGAAUCCGUACGAAAAAAUCAACGUUCAGCAAGUGAUGGUAUCAUUCAGCUCGAUGAAGCUAUUAUUCGCUGGGAUAAAUUACAACCAUUUACAGUUAUAUUCACUGAGUGGAAUGACCCAUUAUUUGUCUAUAAAAAUACCAAUAAUGUACCACGUUCACUGAUAGAUACAGUCGUAGCACCCGUUCAAGCCAAUAUUUUUUAUCGAGUUCUAUUCUCUAGCAGACUAAAGCUUGAACAACAACAACGAGAACAAGCGCAAUUUCCUGACCAUAAUCAACUCAAACAUGAAGACUUUUUCAUGAGACUUGCAGCGUUAUCAAAAAAAUAUUAUAGCAAACCAGUUUGUAAUAGUUGUUUUAAGCAAUAUGAAGAUACAGAUCAGACAUGUGCAAGCUGCGGAAAUAAGAGUCAAUUACUUCGACCGAAAACAGCUGAAGAAUUGGAUAUCAAGGAUUUUCAAAUGAAAAUAGCAAAUCAACUCGAGAAAGAAUAUGUAUGGACAGCAGAUAAUUAUAUCAAAGCUCUUCUGAUAUAUUUACGAAUACAAUGCCGCCUUCCAGUUAUACUUAUCGGUGAAACAGGUAAUAUUUACUACCUAUCCAUUGAUUUUCUUACUCCUAAAUCAUAUUGCAUUGUGGCCAAGUGUAUAGAUUACACAUAA